AUGACCGUCGCCACCGCCCCCAUUCCCGCCGCGCAGAAGGCGCUCGUGCUCAUCACGGCCGACAAGGACGUGGCGCUCCUCGACAUCCCCGUGCCCGUCCCCGGCGCAGGCGAAGUGCUCAUCAAGGUGCACGCGAUCGCGCUCAACCCCGUCGACUCGUUGUACGUUGGCUCGCCGCUCGCGCAGCAGGCGCAGCGCGUCAUCGGCACGGACUUUGCCGGCGUCGUCGUUGCCUCCGGCGCGGACCUCACCUCGUCAUCGGACGCACGCACCAAGGCUGGCGCGCGCGUCGCCGGCUUCCUCCAGGGAGCCUGCUCGCGCAACGACCGCCCCGGCGCAUUCGCAGAGUACAUUGUCAUUCCGUACGACCUCACGUGGUCGGUCCCCGCGUCCAUGCCCCUCACAUCGGCGUCCGCCGUGUCCAUGUGCGGCGUGACGGCGGCGCAGGGCGUCUUCUUCCGGCAGCAGCUGCCGGCGCCCUUCUGGCCUACGAAGGAGUGGAACGCCGGCCGGGGAUGGAAUCCCUCUAUCCCGGCCGACGAACCCGUCAACUACCUCAUCUACGGCGCGAGCACCAGCCUAGGGCUGUACGCCGCGCAGCUCGUGCAGGCUGCCGCCGCGUUCUCCGGGCGCAAGGUGCGCCUGAUCGGCCUCGCCUCGGCGAACAAGCACGCGCUCCUGCGCCAAAAGCCGUACAGCUACGACGUGCUCCUCGACUACCGCGGCGACUGGCCCGCCGGCGUGCGCGAAGCCGCUCCGCGCGGGGUCGACUACGCUUUCGACGCCAUCAGCGAGGGCGACACCGUGCGCAAGGUGCACGACCUGCUCGCGCCGACCGCGACACCGGGCUCGUUCGUCAUCUUCCGCAACGACCGCAGCGACAUGAUGCCCAAGGCGCCCGGCGUGUGGGGCGCGGUCGGGUACCGCGUCGCGCCGGUAUACGGGGCUGCGUGGGAGGCGCUCGGGGUGGAGAUUGGCUACGACAGCCAGACGAUCCCCGCCAAGCCCGACGCGCGCGCGUUCGCCACCGCAUUCUACGACUGGCUCUCGACGGCCGCGACCGACGGCAAGGUCAAGGUCCAGCCCAACCCCGUGCGCAUCAUGCCCGGCGGCCUGGAGCGCGUCGUUCCCGACGGCUUCGUGCUGCUCGGCUGGAACCAGGUGUCGGCGCGCGACAAUAACGGCCGGACGGAGGAGUACAUGCGUCCUAUUAGUGGUGAGAAGCUCGUGUAUGAGAUUGUCAAGGAGUAGGGUGGUGCAGGGGCUAUGCAUUGUGUAUGAAG